UAAAUGAGGCCCCUCUAAUACAGGUUAAGGUCAAUUUAAUAUAUUUUAAAACAUGAUGAAUAAUGUGAUGCUUUGUAUUUGUGUAUUUCUCACUUUGCCUGUGUCCUUCAGAAACCCAUCUCCCCAUCUCAGCAUGCUUCCAAAACCAAAAGGAACUCUGCACUGAUUGAGAAGCUGCAGGCGAACCUGGUAAUAUCCCCUGCUGCUCUCAUGCCCUCUCAUAAGAGCCCUGGCCUGAGAUUGCUGCCCCCCUCCUUCUCCCCUGUGUCUCCGUGCUCCCCCACCCUUCCUGUUACUAUGGUAAACCCCACCUCCCCAGUUAGCAGGGUGCCUCGAGCUCGGUCACAGAGCAAGGAAGAGAUACCCACCACCUUUGAGAACCCAGCCAAACCCACUGAAGGGUCCCUACUGCCCAGUAUCAACAAGGGAAGAGCACGUCUCUCCAUCAGGCGACGCCCACCUUCAAGACGACACAGGAAGUCAAGUGGAGAGGAAGAUGGUGGGGCUGCAGAAAGUGACACGCCCCUAUCACCUAACAACACCCCAGACAGUGUUGGAGAGGAUGAGAAGAAAGAAGGAGGGGAGGUGUUUCAGAACAAACACAAGAAUGAGGAAGAAACAGACAACACUCCCAAAGCAGACACAGAGCCAAUCUCUGUUACCUCUACUAAUUCACAGCAACAGCCUGUGACGGAUGGUACAACUACAGACAUUGACCUAUUGAAUAAGACCAAAACAGGAAGUUUUCUAGAGCCCCAGAGAGAAGAGAACCAGGAGAGAAAAACUGGAGCGGAAAGACAGACAGGAGCAACAGAGUCUAGAGGAGAAGGGAAAGCGUGUGGUCAGGGGUGUGGAGAAGAGAAGAUGAGAAGGGGAUACUCAGUUGUUCAAUACUCAGAAAGGACCAGGAGUCAAAUACAGAAGAGGGAAAAGAGCUGGCCUGCAAAGAGAGAGAGGCAGAGAGGGAUACAGAUUAAAAUGAAAAGAAGAGACAUGGACAAGGUGGUAGACGAGUAUCUUGAAUUGAUUUCACGACUACUACAGCUGCAGUUGGCCAUGUUUGGAGCUAAUUACACAUAUCAAACAAGCUCAGAUGUUGCUAACAUUAUUCUGGAAAUGCUGCCAGAGGUGAGAGGUCUCUUCGGUCAGGUGGAAGCUUUAGUAAGGCUUCAGCUGGUCGUCCCUGCCUCCUCUGUAGAGGCUGAGAGGAGUUUUAGUGCCCUGAGGAGGCUUAAGACAUGGCUUAGAUCAUCGAUGACUCAAACAAGGCUGAAUAAUGUGGCCAUGUGUCACAUACACCAGGAGAAACUGGACAGACUGGAUCUUGAAGAAAUAUGCCAGUCUUUUAUUGGUGUCAAUGAUAAAUGCAAAAAGGCCUUUGGAUCCUUUGCCAGGAGAGGGGAUGGCAGGAUAGGAGAACAGAGGAAAGGAGAAGAGCUUACUGGAAAGCAGGGGAGAGGAGAUGACUGGAGAAGGAGGAAAAUAUAG